UCAUUGUUUAGUUCAUUAAAAUUAUACGCUUAUGGACAUGUGUAUUUACUUCAUAGAUAUUUCUUAUCGCCGGUAUAGAAUAACUGCUAUCAAGACCGAGAGUCCCGUUUGACCUUGAUUUAUUUCCUGUUACUUUAUAGCAUGUUUAUUUUUGGACCCAAUUUCUUUCUCUCUCUUACACCCCUAUUUCUGUGGGUGGAAGGCUCUCAGAAUCUCACAUCAGAAUGCAGACCCUUGGAUGUCGUUUUUCUAAUUGAUGGCAGCGGAAGUGAAACCAACGACUCUUUUCGAGAUCAAUUAGAAUUUAUGGAAGAAAUUGUGCAAACAUCUGGCUUGUACAAUAAAGACACACACUUUGGCGCUGUUAGCUUUUCAAGCAAAGCCAGACUAGAAUUUAACUUAAAUCAGUAUUCAUCGAGUGUAGAUACAAUUCUCGCAAUCAAAAAAAUAACACAGAGUGGACAAUUCACCCGUUUAGAGAAUGGUUUUGAUUUUGUCACCAACAUUAGUUUCACGAAAGAUGGCGGUGAUCGCCCGGAUGUUGAUAAUGUGCUAAUAGUGAUGACGGAUGGAAUAUUCCAUCCAGAAAAUGCAUCUGAACCAGCAGAAAUACUCUUGGGAAAUGGCGUCAAAAUUGUUCUCAUUCUUUUUACAACCAAUAUGACUGAUAGAUUAACCAACAACGCACAAAGCAUUACAGACCUUAAAAACGCUUAUACAAGGGAUACUUUUGAACCGCUGGAAUUAUUUUGUCCAAACACUUCUACGCAAUCAGCCAACACAACAGUGGUGGUCCCGCCAUCAUCGACUGGAGUACCGACGACAACAACUGAUGUUGUUCCACCGCUGAUCUCCACAACAAUUCCGUUUACAACAAACCCAGCCUGUAGGGACAAAAUCUCAAGAUGCGCGAGCUACGGGGCUGAAAUCUGUACCCUCUACAGAUCUUGGGCCGAGAAACAAUGUCCCUGCUUCUGUAAAUUUGACCAGGGUUCAACUUCAGUCAAAACAGAUCACGGAUCAGUUACUCAACCAACAAACACCAAAAUCUGGAUCACUAUCACAAAUAAACUUGGAUGAUAAAUAUAAAAUUCUGUGUUGUUUUAUAUA